AUGAUUUCAUAUGUAUUACAAAAGUUGAUAUUCUGUGCAACCGGCAACGAACGAACAUCUGAAUUCUCCGAUCAUGAAAUUGCUGCUAUUCGGGAUGUUUGGAUAAGGGCUCGUAACAGUGAAGUUGGUGUGAAAAUUCUUGCUGCACUUAUUGAAAAGAAGCCAAGCUUUGCUGCGUAUUACGGAUUUGAGACGAGUUUGUCCAUCGAAGAAUUACAGAAGAGCGAAACUUUCCUUUUUCAGGCUCAACGUAUCCAAGAUUUUCUCGAUACCAUAGUGUCUUCGCUUGGAAUCUGCCCCGACAGCGCAGUUCAUCGCAUGGCUUAUCGAAUAGGACAAAUUCACUUUCAUAAAGGCGUGAACUUUGGUGCCGACAACUGGUUGGUAUUCAAGAAAGUUACGGUCGAUCAGGUGAUCUCAUGGCAGAAGAAACCUUCUAUGUUCAGUUUGGGUUCCAGCAAAGAGUUCAAUAUUUCAGAGAUCUCCCUGGAUCCCUCACGAACAGUGACUCAUCGUAGAUGUGUGGCCAUCAUUGGUUGGAACAAGCUAAUGUCUGUAAUUAUACGGGAAAUGAAACGAGGUUUUCUGGAAGAAGCACAACGGAGCUGUGGAGAUGACUGCAACAGUAUCUAG